AUGCAUUUCACCCAACUUCUCACCACCCUCAUGCUCGCAGCAGCAUCCACCGCAACCGCCGCACCCGACAAACGUGCCGCGAACAGAUGCGCAGUCGGUCAAACCUAUUGCGGAAGGUUCCUAAAGAACCAAGGCAGUGGUCCCAACCAAAAUCUCGGUUGGAACAACGACCAAAUCAUCUCCGCGCUCGACAGAACUCCACCCAAGGGCAUCAAUCUUCGAAGUGGAGCGGGGAUUGUGAAUAAUUCGGUGUUUUUGUGCAAGAGUCCCAAUGGUGGAGGAGGAGGAUGGUCGGGGAAUAAUGAUAAUAAGAAUAAUCGAUUGGAUUGGAUCGCGGUUUGUAGAACGAUCCAAGAUCAAAGUGCUCGCCGGGCGAUGGCCGCCCCCCUCCCCGUCGAGGCCCAGCCUCUCUAA